AAUAUAGAUCCACUACAUCUAUCAUACUUAUAUAUAUCAUUUCAUAUAUAUCAUAUAUAUGAGUCUAUAUAUUCAGAUGUUAUAAGCCUCUAUAUUAGCUCUACUCUACGGCGAUGUGGUGAGGUGGGUGGCUUAAUGGUAAGGUCGUAAUCUUUUUGAUCAGCCACUGGAUCCGAGACUCACAUUUGGGGUAUAUUCGGAGAUCUCAAUAUGGUGCCAGUCCUGAUCGUCUUAUAAAUUAUGGGAUCACGGCGGUAUGUCACCAGACAAGUGAUUACAAAGUUCACGUUUCUGGUAGUUCUGACUCUCGUGUCACUCUCUUUUGUUGUCAUCUUUGACCACACCCAAAGGAUCACUUCAUUCCUACGCCCACUUUGGGACACGCCGCCACGCCCUUUUGAGUACAUACCACAUUAUUAUGCAGAAAAUGCCUCUAUGGAAAAUCUCUGUCGUCUUCAUGGUUGGUCUUUAAGCUCUGAACCACGUAGUGUCUAUGAUGCAAUCCUAUUCAACAAUGAAGUAGAUUUGCUAGAACUCAGAUGGCGUGAACUCUACCCUUAUGUCACCAAAUUCAUUAUUCUUGAAUCGAACAUGACCUUUACUGGUAUCCCCAAACCUCUCACCUUUGCUUUAAAUCGUGAGCGUUUUAGCUUUGCUGAAGAAAAAGUUGUCUACGGUUUCCUCCCUGUUGAACUAGCCCCAGGUGUGCAUGUAGACCCUUUUUUGAUUGAAUCACAUCACAGGAGUAUUAUGAAUGAAUUGAUUCGACAGUCAGGAAUAUCUGAUGGUGAUCUUCUAAUUGUAUCCGACACUGAUGAGAUUCCAAGUUCACACACGGUUAAGCUUCUUAGAUCGUGUGAUGGGCUGCCUACAGUUUUGCAUCUUGAAAUGCGGAACUAUGUUUACUCCUUUGAGUUUCCAGUUGAUUAUAACAGUUGGCGAGCCACUGCACAUAUGUACAGUCGGUGGACUCAGUACAGACACUCACGCCAGACGAAUCUUAUUCUCUCAGAUGCUGGAUGGCAUUGUAGCUUCUGUUUCAGGCACUUAAGUGAGUUCGUCACCAAGAUGACAGCAUACAGCCACGCUGAUCGAGUGAAGAAAAAAGAGUUUUUGGACUACUCCAGGAUUCAGCAAAAAAUUUGUCAUGGAGAUGAUCUUUACGAUAUGUUACCAGAGGAAUAUAGUUUCAAGAAUUUGAUAGGAAAGAUGGGUUCAGUUCCCCGUUCUGCUUCUGCAGUUCAUCUUCCGGCUUUCUUGAUAGAAAACGCAGUGAUGUUUAAGUUUCUUCUUCCUGGUGGUUGUCAGCGUUCCCUGGAGUAGGUCUGCUUUUAUCAAUUAAAAUUUGUUUUCAAAAUGUGUAACCAUGCGAGUAUUUCACACACAUGUAGAGUAUCGUGACCGUAUGAAGUUAGAAAAUCGAUUGUAUCUAAUGUGCUGUGUCCUUUGAAAAUACUCAUUUCGGUCAAGAUACACAUUGAGCGAUCCAUCAAAGCCAAAUACAGAUUAUUGCCACUA